AGGCGCGGGGGGCAGCGCCGAGAACCCCACGCGGGAGCUUCUGGAGUCUCUGGCCACCGCUUCUCGCUUCACUGGAGAAGGGGCUGGGGCCAGGAGGGAGCUAAUAAAGAGUGAAUGAGCUGCAGCCGCUGUGGCGGCCGGAGUCAGCCGGAGCGGCACCGGGGCCGUGCGCCCGGGAGGCGGCGAGGGGAGGCGGUUCGCCUUGUCCCUCCCAUCCGUCCCUCUUUCUCUCUCUUCCUCCAGCUGGUCCCAGAGCCCGGCUCGGUCCGGUCCCUCUGUCUCCAUCCCGCACUCUUCCACCUCCUCCGAGUCCCACUUCUCACCUAGGGCGCCCCGAACUGCCAUGGGUUAGGGUGGGGGCCAGGAGCCGCGCGAAGGACCAGCCCUGUGCAUCCGCCGGGGGGCGCGGAGCCCGAACGCCGCUCGCCGCUCGCGGGCGCCGGGCAUGGGGAGCGCGGUGUGAGCCCGCACCCGGGGAGGACACAGGAGCUGCGGAGACGGGCGCGAGGAGGUGGAGAGCGGUGGAUUGGAAGGACCCGAGGGAGGAAGGGAGGGAGAGGCGGGAGGGUGGGGAAGCGAGGGAAAAGUGAAGCUGGGAGGAGAAGGCGGCGGAAGGUGGGGAUUGAUGCUUCUGUUUUUUGUUGCCGCUGCUGCCCUCGCGCUGGGAGCCGAGCCGGAGGGAAGGCGGUGGAGAGAUGAUUGCAGAGUUGGUGAGCAGCGCUCUGGGGCUCGCCUUGUAUCUCAACACCCUGAGUGCGGAUUUCUGCUAUGAUGACAGCCGUGCUAUCAAGACUAAUCAGGACCUUCUCCCAGAAACUCCGUGGACGCACAUUUUCUACAAUGACUUUUGGGGGACUCUUCUAACCCACAGCGGCAGCCACAAGUCGUACCGGCCACUCUGCACUCUCUCUUUUCGCCUGAACCAUGCCAUCGGAGGGCUGAAUCCCUGGAGCUACCAUCUUGUCAACGUCCUCCUGCACGCGACAGUCACUGGUCUCUUCACGAGCUUCUCCAAGAUACUCCUUGGGGAUGGAUACUGGACCUUCAUGGCUGGCUUGAUGUUCGCCUCUCACCCCAUUCACACGGAGGCCGUGGCGGGCAUCGUGGGACGGGCCGAUGUCGGGGCCAGUCUCUUCUUUCUCCUCUCCUUGCUCUGCUACAUUAAACACUGUUCGACCAGAGGCUACUCAGCCAGGACUUGGGGCUGGUUCCUGGGGACAGGGCUGUGCGCAGGAUGCAGCAUGUUGUGGAAGGAACAAGGAGUGACUGUGCUGGCGGUGUCAGCCGUUUAUGACGUCUUUGUCUUUCACAGGCUGAAAAUGAAACAGAUCUUACCUACCAUUUACAAAAGGAAGAACUUGUCUCUUUUCCUCAGCAUUAGUUUGUUAACUUUCUGGGGGACCUCUCUUUUGGGUGCCCGUUUAUACUGGAUGGGAAACAAACCACCAAGCUUCUCCAACUCGGACAACCCAGCUGCUGAUUCGGAUAGCUUCCUGGCUCGCACGCUCACCUUCUUCUACCUGCCAACCAAGAACCUCUGGCUGUUGCUAUGCCCAGAUACCCUCAGUUUUGAUUGGUCAAUGGAUGCCGUGCCUCUGCUCAAAACAUUUUGUGAUUGGAGGAACCUACACACUGUGGCCUUCUAUAUUGGACUCCUCUUCCUUGCCUACUAUGGUCUGAAGAGCCCAAGCGUAGAAAGAGAAUGCAACGGGAAAUUUGUAACAAAUGGCAAGCAGAAUGCAAAUGGACAUGGCUGCCAUUCAGAUGUGGAGUACCGAAACUCAGAGAUUAAGCCCAGCUUUGCCUCCAAAGUAGAAAAUGGCAUUAAAAAUACUGCAUCACAGAGAACACAACUUCCUUCUACCGAGAACAUUGUCGUUCUGUCUUUAUCUUUGUUAAUAAUACCCUUUGUUCCUGCCACGAACCUGUUUUUCUAUGUCGGCUUUGUAAUUGCAGAGCGAGUGUUGUAUAUUCCUAGUAUGGGCUUCUGCCUCCUCAUUACGGUGGGUGCCAGAGCCCUGUAUGUCAAAGUCCAAAAGCGGUUUCUCAAGAGCUUGAUUUUUUAUGCUACAGCUACGUUAAUUGUUUUCUAUGGACUCAAGACUGCAAUCAGGAACGGAGACUGGCGGAACGAGGAAAUGCUGUAUAGGUCAGGGAUAAAAGUAAACCCAGCUAAAGCAUGGGGUAACCUUGGAAAUGUUCUGAAGAGUCAGAGCAAAAUUUCUGAAGCUGAAAGCGCCUAUAGAAAUGCUUUGUACUACCGUAGCAACAUGGCCGACAUGCUUUAUAAUUUAGGCUUGCUUCUACAGGAGAACAGCAGGUUUGCAGAAGCACUGCAUUAUUAUAAAUUGGCAAUUGGGAGCAGGCCUACACUGGCUUCUGCCUAUCUAAACACCGGUAUUAUUCUAAUGAACCAAGGAAAAACUGAAGAAGCCCGGCGCACGUUCCUCAAGUGUUCCGAGAUCCCUGAUGAAAACCUAAAGGACCCUCAUGCACAUAAGAGCUCGGUCACCAGCUGCCUGUACAACCUGGGAAAACUUUAUCAUGAGCAGGGCCACUACGAGGAUGCCCUGAGUGUAUAUAAGGAAGCAAUUCAGAAGAUGCCCAGGCAGUUUGCCCCACAGAGUUUGUACAACAUGAUGGGUGAAGCGUACAUGCGAUUAAGCAAACUCCCCGAAGCAGAGCAUUGGUAUAUGGAGUCAUUGAGAUCCAAGACUGACCACAUCCCUGCCCAUCUCACCUACGGGAAACUGCUAGCUCUAACAGGUCGUAAGAGUGAGGCUGAAAAGUUCUUCUUGAAGGCUAUUGAGCUGGAUCCCACCAAAGGAAACUGUUACAUGCAUUAUGGUCAGUUUCUUCUGGAAGAAGCUCGCCUCGUAGAAGCAGCCGAGAUGGCAAAAAAAGCGGCCGAACGCGACAGCAUGGAGUUUGAUGUGGUCUUCAAUGCUGCCCACAUGCUCAGACAGGCUAGCCUCAAUGAAGCAGCCGAGAAGUAUUAUGAUCUGGCGGCCAAGCUGAGGCCUAAUUAUCCGGCGGCUCUGAUGAACCUGGGGGCCAUUCUGCACCUUAAUGGCCGACUCCAGAAGGCGGAGGCCAACUACCUGCGGGCGCUGCAGCUCAAGCCGGAUGACGUCAUCACGCAGUCCAAUCUCCGCAAACUGUGGAACAUCAUGGAAAAGCAAGGCUUAAAGACUUCCAAGACCUGACACAGGAGGGCAACGCCUCCUCCUCCUCCUCCAUACUUCCAAGUUGGCUUCAUCAACGAACAGAACUUCCCAGCAGUGCUAUGACACGAGCUAGUCUGGACUUCAAGACCAAGGCAGAGGUCACUGCCACUUCUGGGAGUAUCCACUUUGCUGUUGGCACAGCCGUUAACACCAAAAAGGGGAACAUUGGAAACCUCCUGAAGGAUGUAAUUGUUACCCAUAGACUGUAAACCAGAGCACUUAAAAUGGAAUCUUUUGGCAUUCUUAAGGGGGGAGGGGGCUAAGUUACAAAUUUUGUUCGUUUUUGAAAGCUAAUUUAGAAAUUAUAUUGUUCCUUAAACACUGUGAGAGGAAGUCAGAGUGUCUGUUCAGCCAUGGUAAACUAUUAAGGUCAGGUGUUCAUGGGGAGUGAUGGGAGUGUGGUGUGAAUCCCAGCGGGCUGGCCGUUGUCCUGACGCUGCUGUCUUCCCUCUUUCGGACAGCCUGCUUCUCAAUUUGUGAAACUUAGAAAGAACAAUUUUUUUAAUACUGUGUCAGGAUUUUUCAGAAUCGACAGUUGUUUCCUGACUAGUGCACGUAACGUUUUAUGAUUUGGUUAUGUCAGUCUUCACUCUUUUGAGCAUCAUUUGCUUUUCAUGUUCUGGAGCAGAUAUGCAGAGUAGUGCUAACCAUGUUUCACACUGGUGUUGUAGGAGGGGCUGGGGAGGCCUUAGAUGUGUCAGGCAGGCAUUUUUUAUUUUAAUGUCACCAACAUUUUCCACCAAAACUGCCUAGGAAAAUUCAUUGUAUUAGUUCUUAGGCUUUUGAAAUUUCCUUUUAAAAUGGCUGUUCCUGGUUAAUGGGCAUACAUAUGUAAGGAUUAAAUCAAAAAGAAGCUUAAAAGUGGUCCAGUUCUAAUAACUAACCAGCAGCUGUGAGACAAAAGGGAAGGUGUCUUGUGCUUCCCAGAUGUUACUGUUCAAAAAAGUCAAAUCUGCGCAAAGGAGUGUAUAAUGAUGGUUGCCAAUGACUUUAUAUUUUGGAAACUGUUGGUGUGAAAUGCUAAUCAUUUUCUGAUAGAUACCAAAACAGCAAUGCUGAUAAGUUUUUUUGCUCUUCCCAAAAGACAUCAAAAAUGAAUUAUUUUAAGCUGCAAUAGCGUGUAACAUUAGCCUGUGUGUUUCUAGAUCUUCUGCCAAGUGCUUUUCACAGUUGAAAACCAUUUUUCACUAGCAAAUUUGGUAUUUUAUUUCAUUACUUGUUAGUAACCACUUCAAUGAUCAUUUCACGAGUAACAGACUAAAUGAAGUAGAGAAAAACAUUUAUUGAAGAUUUUUUUGACUUGCAGUCAAACUUUGCUACUAAAUAUUAACUUUGUAAAACAGCAGUUGGCUCUCAACUUCUUAGAGAAAGUAGCUAUACAAUAUUCUACAUAUUUAUUUAUUUAUUAUUCUGCCAUAGCAAAAUAACAAAACAAAACUUGAUUCGUUAAGCCAGUUCUUUGAAACUGAAAAUUAGCUUUUUCUCCUUUCCUUUCACACUCCAUGUAUAUAUGAUCAGCGUCCCCGUUAAAGGGAAGCUGGAUGUGCAAAUACAUCGUAUAAUAUUUUCUCCAUAUUUUAUGUUUUGCUGCAUAUCUGAAUACAGCGGGAUAAAAAAUUUAAAGUAGUGUUCCUAUGUCAUUAGUGUUUUUGUCAGAAGGGCAAAUGUAGUGAGAGAGAUUUGUUGAUGGCAUUAAUAAGAAGGUCUUCCUAAUAUGUAUAUUAUUUUGUAAACAUUUCACUGAAGGGCCAAAAGUUAAAUUAUAACUAAAUCACUGUGUUUGCAGUAUGAUAUUUAACAUUUAACAACAACAAACCCAUGGUCAAACCAAAAACAUGGGUUGACGUGUAUUUUUCAUCUUCUAGUGCAUUGGCAAUUGCAAAAAUAAAUAAGGAAUUUAAUAUAAGGAUAUAGAGAUGAAUUCAAUAUCUAACAUUUUUAUUUAUUUAAAUAGUUAUUGACCUAUGAUGACUUCCUAGUCUUAACAUUUUAUGUCUUUAUUGUUAUUGUUCUUCCUUUCAAACACUUGGUUCUUAAUAGGUUCACUGAUUGCACAGUAGAGGCACUUCAUGUUGACCCAGUUCCCAAGUAGCAUUAAUAAUUGGGCCUGUGUCAUAAAAUGCAUGGAUCUUUAAUAACGAAAUGUCCCUGACAUCUUUUACUACAGGGCUGGGCUUAGUAACUGACCAACUCGGGGUGGGGAGGGCUGGGGGCGCUAAAGAACAUCGUCAAAAAUGUCUCUGCUCAGGGAUUUAUGGUGAAUUAUUGCAGACAGUGCUAAAAAUAUAGAGCACAAGACAAGUUUACUAAAUUAAAAUUUUAUUUUUUGAGAAACUGUUAUUUGUAUAAAUUAUCAAGAUUUGUAGGCUUUCCUUUUGUAGAAAUAAUUGUUUUAUGUGCCAGAGAAUUUCAAUUUUGUUUUCCACAAUAAAGCAUUGAUAACAAAUA